AUGACCAAUACGAAUACUCAAGACCCGCCGAUAAAUGAUUUCCUACGGGACGAUAUGCUUCUCAAAGUAACAGCUUCGCACCCCUGGUAUGUGAAUAUCGAACUAGGGACAAGGCACAACAUUGCGACUCCAUAUCACCCUCAGACCAGCGGUCAAGCAGAAACAUCUAACAAGCAAAUUAAGAAUAUUCUGCAGAAGACCGUGAAUGAGAUGGGGAGGGGAUGGAAGCUGAAAUUACCGGAUGCACUGUGGGCAUACCGUACAGCAUACAAGACACCCAUUGGAAUGUCACCCUAUCAGCUUGUCUACAGGAAAACUUGCCACUUACCCGUAGAGCUAGAGCAUAGAGCGCAUUGGGCUAUCCGGAAGUGGAACAUGGAUCUUAAAAUAACCAGAGAAUACCGAAAGCGUCAAAUCUUAGAAUUGGAAAAAUGGAGAGACAAAGCUUAUCAUAGUGCCUCAAUUUACAAAGAAAGAACCAAGAGAUGGCACGAUAAGAAAUUGAAGCCUAAGAACUUCAAUCCCGGAGACAAGGUAUUACUCUUUAAUUCUAGGGUCAAGUUAUUUGGUCAUGGGAAACUACGAAGCCAAUGGCAAGGACCGUAUCACGUCAGCGACACAUCACCACAUGGAGCCAUCACGAUACAAGAUGACGAUGGUAACGCCUAUGAGAAGAGCGCUCCAGAGGCUGCACAGGGGGCAACCUCAACACGGACUUCAGACGCUCAGAGGAAGAACGCUGCCACCAGUCCUUCGCCAAAGAAGGCCAGAUCUCAGUCGUCGCCUGCAAAGCCCAAGGACGACGUGACUUCAGAGGGACCCACCAUCGCCGACCUCACCGUGAUGGUCCAGCAGCUACGCCUGGAGAAUAGGCGUCUCGAGAACCAGCUUGCGGAGAGGAAGAUCGAUGUGGGAGAGCUUCGGGAUGACUUACGUCUUCUGCGGAGAGGGUUGAGCGCAAAGAUGAAGCGCUUGUUUGAGGCUACGGGUCACAAGGACCUCUAUUAG